AGGACUCGGAGGGAGGAAAAAGCAGCGGAGCAGUUUCUCCUGUUUACAACAACACAAUGGAGCCAAGAUGGACACAUUCCGUCUGCCACCGUGUUUUACUGACUGGAUUUACGCUGUGUGUUGUGCUAGUCUCAAAACCCACGUCUGCAAUCGACAUAUACGCCGACUCCGAGGUGAUGAUGCAGAACGGCACCACGGGGGUUCUGCGAUGCACCUUCAAGUCCUAUGAAGUGGUCAGCAGCUCCACCACGGUGACCUGGAACUUUCAGUCGAGUCAGCCCGAUAAUAGGUUUUCCAAAGCACCGUACGUGAUUUUCUACUUCACGCACGGGAAGUCGUUCCCGGGAGCGAUCGAGUUCAAGGAGCGGGUGAAGUUCAUCGGAGACAUCAACAAAAGGGACGUCUCUAUACAGCUGAGUCCGGCUCAGUUCAGUGACAACGGCACUUUCUUCUGUGACGUGAAGAACCCGCCGGACAUCAUGGGAACCCCGGCUCGAACGGAGCUCAGGGUCGUUCUGAAAGAGUCUUUCACUCAGAGCAACACCCCCAUGAUAAUUGGAAUAGUGUGUGGAGUUUUAGGUCUGCUCGUCCUCAUCGCUGUGGCUGCCUGCAUCACCAUGAGGGUGCUUCACAACCGCCACGAUUACGAAGGAUGUACGUCCUUGGAAAGCAUGAGCUCUCAGGCGCCGCAGCCACGAAAGAAGGUGGAGUCGGGCCUGGAGGGCUCCAAGAGUACCAUUCCCCUGGGUCCACUACAGGGCCCGGUGAUAUACGCCCAGCUGGAUCACUCGAACAGCAAAAACUCGUUCCAUAAGAAUGAGCCGGUCGUCUAUGCUGACAUUCGUAAAAACUGAAGAGGAACAGGGGACCAAAAUAAGACAAAAAUGAAAAAAAACAGAUGAAAAUCACAGUAAAGUAUCAGACCUCUCUUAUCACCUUCUCUUGGGAAGGGUGGGAUUCAACAGGGACAUAACCGGUGCAGUUUCUUUUUUAUUUGUAUCUCAUCCUCUGAAAGCAUGACGCUGUUACGUGAUACCAUAAUGUCUCCACGUGCUUUAUCAUGAAGACACGAGCAGCAUGAGACGUCCUCGUGGACACCACAACACCACACCACUCCCAUCACAUCAGCCUGGAGGUUGCUCUCCGACACAGGGAUCAACGUGAAAAUCUAAAUAUCAUUCCACACAUGUCGACAGGCGCUGUUAAAGUCAGAAGGUUUCCACGAACUGUUGCACCAGCCGAACACAAGUUUGAGCCUUUAAGUGCCACAGCUGCAGUCAAGUGACCGAACAAGUUCAUCCAAAAGAGAAUAUCAACGUUUUUUGUACAUAUUAUCCUUUUUUAUAACGUUUCAUGUAUUGAACUAGAAUAUCAACCGAUGUGAAAUUCCCCCCUCAGCUUCAGUAGCUCACACGGCCUGUUUUACAGAAAUAACUUCUUGUAGGUACUUCUCUGCACAACGCCUUCAGCUGAGAGACGUUUUAAUUUAUUGUCGGCAGCCCAAAACCUUCCUCUGAAGGAGGAAUCCUUUGCCUGGGUUAGUUUUCCGGACUGUUAGUAUUUCUUUACUAAAUCAAUGCUUGUUAAAUUAUUCUGUUAGAAACCGACCUGAUGUUAUUUCAGGGCUGCGUUUAAGUGAAAUGGGAGAAAAGAAAACCACUACAAACCGUGAAUCCUGUCCCAUGUGAAGUAGCUUCAGGACGCAGCGCUCAUCUGACCAGCAUCACUUCAUCAUUCACCAGUCGGCUCAGGCCUGUACGACAAGCGGCUGUGGUCAUCAACUGCAAACACAUCAUUACCAGUAAAGACGGAACUCAUUCGAUGUGAGAAAAACAAAUCUUUUAAGGAAUAUAGUCCAUUUUUUAUUUAAAACAAAAAGUCUGUUUGGGACUAAAUUCAGUUUUAUUUAGAGCCAGGUGGAUAGGAUUUAGUAAAUAAGGAAGUAAAACAUUGUUGAUAUAAAAACUGGCAACGAUUAUCAAACCCUCAUGACCGAGAGGAUUUUUUCCAGUUUAAUUAUAAACUGUAUUCUCUCCUGUAUAGUUUAUUCUGUAAGAUAAGAACCUUUCAUAUCAGCAAAUGUCUUUGAAAGACUCAUUAAGUUAUUUGAAUCAGCCGACAUGUAAAAACACAUCCUAUGAACCAACCUCUUCAGUGACCGUCACAUGAGUGAGAAAGGAAAAUGUCCCGAUCUCUUCUCGUCUCCCGGCUGGUGCAACAGUGAACUGGAACCACGGCUCACUUCAUCUCCACAGUUCCAUAGUGAGUUUGUUUUGUUGGGGCAAAGUUAGACUUCCAUUGCCCUUCAGUAACCUUGCAUGCAGCUCUAAUAACAUCUACCAGCUAAGUUUGGUACUCGUCAAGUGUAGGUGUGAAGCAGCGGAAGCCGCCCGACGCUGUGUUGCUGUGAAUGCUUCGCUUCUCCUGUAAACUUCCGGCAUGUUGUUAAGGUACCUUUUUUAUUAAUAGAACAAAAAACGCUGCCUCCUUUUUGAUUUUCACUUCAGUUGAACACGUUUCUGCUUUAAACGACUUUCUGUCUGCUCAGUAUUUGUCUUAAUCGGUAAAAAAAAAAACCAUUAAUUAUCUGCAUGGUUAUAGGUGUAAUUUUUGAAUAAAAAAUUAUUGCUGAUUGUGGCGAAUUAUCUUUUAAAUCUUGAGUGAUUUCCAGAAGAUGCACGAUGAAAAGAAAUGUUCAACUGAGGUGAAACGUCUCCUAUGAAACCAUGGGAGCUCUUAUUGGUUGGAAAAAAUAAAUAAACACUAAAUACACUGUUUGCAUGCAACUUACUAACAGAACAAUCAUUAUUAUGGGAAUAUGCGCAUUUCUUUCUUCAUCUACAUGUCAUGUUAAGCUCUUUUUUAUUUUAUUUUUUAAACUAAUGGGCCAAAUAUCUGACAGUUAUAUUAGGUAAGUUCUCAUGAGAAGCUUUUGUACUUUAAAAUGCAUUCCAAAUUAGAUUUUCUUUUUUUUUGUCUUGACUCGUUUAAAAGCCAAAAUGUCAUGUUGUUAUUUCUCUUUUCGUUAAAACAGUUUCGGUUGCAUAUGAACAAGAUGUUUUUUGUGUCGUGACCGUUCCGAAUGCCUUCAGCUUCAGCUUGUGAUCUCCGAAUGCAGUAACACGUCCUUGCUGACCAGUACUUGUAUAUAUUUCUUGCUCGUGUAAGAUAUAGUGCCGUUUACUGUAACUCAUUCCAGUGUGGUAUGGCUGUGGAUGUCUUUCCAGGGAAGGAAAGUGGUUUGCUGUAGAGGUCUAGAGAGUUGGUGGCAUGUUUGAUGUAUUUUCCCUUUUUUCUUCUAAGUCUUAAUUAUGUGUCAGCGGACGCUCCAUUGAUUCGGCGCCUGCAGAGAGGGUUGAACCUGUCAGGUCAAAAUUAUUUGAAUCAGAACUUUCUUCAGUCGACUGUUUGUAGAGAAAAACAAACCAAACUCACGUGUUGCAUUAAAACCAAAAGAUCCAUUGCCUGAAUAAUAAGAGAAGAUACAUGAUAGAACAGCUCUGAAGUGGAAGAGUGAGUCUUUCUGCCUUGAUCUAGGACUGUAGCCAUGUUUGCUGUGAAGCUAAAACACAAUCAUUGGAUAAAGCAGAGCUUUGUUGUCCUCGAGGAAUGAACUCAAUAAAUACAAUGCAAAAAAAAAAGUUAACUGUACAACUAAUACUAUAAUGUGAUAUGUAGAUAAAAAGGAAGAGAGAAACUUGACAUUUUGUAGUUCACCAUGUGCUAACGAUAACGUGCUGCAAAUGUCACACCUGUAACCACGCCCACUAGUGAUGUCACGGCAUUCUGGCCCCACCCUGAAGUACCCUGCAGGGAGAGAAGUUCCGAGGUUUGCGAAAUCAGGGUUUCCAGCUGCUGCAGAGAUUCUCUGUACCUCGCAACAGUUGUAAAAUUUAGUUUCUUUACGUAUGGUGCUAGCAUUUAGCGUGCUAGCAUUAUACGUUAGCAAUAAUAGCUGAGACUCACGGAAGUGCUGUGAUUUGUUUUGGGGUAAAGUAAUUAAGUAACACUUAAAGCCGAAAGGAGCAAGCAUGCUAUGCCCCCCCUAUUUAUCAUUUAUAAACGUUAACUCAAUCCUUUAAUCUUGUUUACUAAUAGAAUAAUUUAAAAUACGCCUUAAUAUGUUGCUCGGUUAUAAUAUCUGACAAAAACUGAGAAUUAACCCUUUGAUACACAAGUUAUGCAAACUCCUAACGCACAAUGUGGGUGAGAAAUGACCCGUAUUCAUUUCCUGUUAUUUCAUGUACGGCUGAGUGCAUGUUUUUAUAGAAAUUAUGAUUUGUGAUGAUCAAAAACAAGUAGUAAGUAAUACCUGAAAAUAAUAUUAUAUAAAAUAAUUAAUUUACUGAAAAGAUAUUGGGGAAAAAAAGUGAGUCGGGUCACUUUUGAGCCAUGUUGUGUAUCAAAGGGUUUGUAAACACUUCAGAUGCCUUAAUAUUUGCUCACAGUUAAGUCUAGAGGAGUCAGUGAGAAGUUAAAACGUUUUUUUUUACUGUAGGUGGCGCUAAAAGUCAGGAAUGAUGCGUACAAAUAUGAAUGAUAGGACCAAACAUUGAGUCAGAGCCACAUUGUGCUUUUCAAAUGUGGGAAAUAUUUUUUUAUGUAUAUUUUCCAUUUUCACACUUGUGUCUUAAAUGUAGUCGGCUGUUAUAUCUGUUCACUAAGUUCUCUGCGUUGCCGUUAAACACUUCAUAUUUUAGACACUCCAUAUUUCCAUUUGAAACUUUCUGACUGAAGAGAAUCCUGAUUCAUUUUGUUUCUUUCCGGUUCUUUGCAGCUCGGUGCUGAAGGCGUUGUGUGUUCUUCCAGAUGUGUCCCUGCUCUAACGUCUCGUGUUAGUUUCUGUCUGUUACUUUACAAGCUAGCAUGUAUUUCAACGUAUUCACCAAAAAACAAGACAGAAAACAAACCUGUAUGAUACCGACGAACCUUUUUACAGCUGGUCACUUUGCUCCUGUUCCCCGACUCGUUGCCGUGUCCCAGUGCUGUCGUUAGAAAUUGUGAUGUAAACUAUAAAUUAUGAACAAUUUCCAACCUGACUGAGCUCACGUAGCGUUUUCGGGGAAUUGGAGUGAAUACACACGCUGCCACGUUCACUCCGCUCCCGACGAGUCUUAAAGUGCGUACUUAGUGUCUUUCGAUGGUAAAUAGUUGUGUGUUAUUUGAGAGUUGUUUGGUAUGUUUUGUUGUAAAACCUGCACUAUGUCUUGCGUAUCAAAGACAACAAAUGCCCUGUGAUUUUUGUUUUUGUUUUUCGUUCAUCUCCGAGUGACCUUGGCCUCUGUUUAACGUCCUUAAAACUGGAAUGUUGUACAUUUAGUGCCUUUUACAUUUCAUCAGCUAACUUGAACAUCUGCUCAAAAUAGAAAAGAUAAGAUUCAUUUAUUUUACUUUUAUUGUAUGUAUUUUUUUAUACACAUAUCGCCUCUGUAUCCACUGUUCAAAUUUUAUAUAAAACCUAUUCCUGGCCAAUUA